AUGUUUGGAUCAAUAUGCUCAGGAAGACCUGAUACAAACAAAUACGCAAUCAACAUUGAAAAUGGUUUAAAAAUAUCACACAUAACAUUAUUUCUUCUACCAAAUAUUGAUUUAGAUCCACAAUUUGCAGCUUUGAUUUUCUUCCAAUUACCGAAUCAAGAUUUCAAAUUAUUUGGUUCAAUAUCAUCAACGAAACCAAGUGCAAUUUUCAAAUUAAAUAAUAGUAUACAAACAUCACCUCAAAUUAUGGACGAAAUGGAUAUGGACACAGAUUCACCAAAUGAUCCUAUAAAUAACAUCACUGUGGGGAUCUCAAUUGAACCGAUAGCUGACGCCGAAAGGCAAUUAGCUGAAGCAAAAGCAUUAUCACAACAACAACAAGCAAUUGGGAAACAAAAAGCUCUGACAGCUACUGCAUUCAAUUCAAGUGUAACACCGAAUAAUCCAAACACUACGGCAAUAUUGGCUAAUAAAAUCGUUAAACAUGCGUAUAAUUACUUGACUGGGUUUAUUGAUGAUCAAGGUAAAAUAAACAUUAAAUACUUCGAUAAUUGGUGGGAUAAAUUCAAGACAAGGCUACAAAAUGAUCCAAAGUUUUUAGAUAAUGAACAAGAAUAA